AUGCGCCCAACUGAUGUUAAUUUUAAAAAUGCUGAAAAAUUAAGGCAAUUACUAAAGAAUAGAGCAAUUGAGACACAUGCCUCUUCUUCUCGAUGGAGAAGGAAAAAGUUUUCAGUAGGAGAUAGAGUGCGAAUCGAAAAAUAUAAGCAUAUAUUUCAAAAGGGCUAUUUGCCAAAUUUCACAAAUGAAAUUUUUAUUAUUGAUAAAGUCCGCUUAGUUCCCUAUCAACCUCCUACAUACAAAAUUAAAGACUCUAAUGGAGAACAGAUUAGGGGGUGGUUUUAUUCUAAUGAUUUAAUUUUAGUAAAAGAGAAUUCUAAAAAGGAUGAGAAUUUAUAUGACAUUAAUAAAGUUUUGAAAAAAAGGAAACGCGAUGGGGAAGAUUAUGUUUUUGUCAGUUGGAAGGGUUAUGGCCCGGAACAUAACAGCUGGAUACCCGCUAAUUCUAUAACUUGGAGAUAA